GUAGGUAAGUACUACAUAUCAGAUGGUGGUGGAGAUGGGGGGAAAAGGGGAAUACUAACGCCACCUUUCCCCCCUUUUUGCUUUGUGCUUUGUGGCUCAUAAACUAUGUAUUAUCUAUGUAUUAUCCACCUGCAGAAGAGUAAACGGGAAUUCCCCAAGUACAUACUAGUGACGGCAUUAAUAUAAAUAUUAAUGUAAACCGGUAGAGUCCAUUUUAGAUUGAUACCUCUUAAUCGAAACCUGGAUGUGUCGACUUGCGUCCCGGAUCAACGUGGCACAGCAUCGACAAAUACACUAUGAAGAACCAGAAGCUCGUUUGCGUUGGGGCAUGUUAUGUCGAUACUAUCCUCGACGUACCUCAAUACCCGGGCGAGGAUUCCAAAUUACGUGCCACCAAUCUACAAGUCCGUCGUGGUGGCAAUUGUCCAAAUACGCUUGAAGUGCUUCAGCAGCUCCUAAAGGAACGGAAUGAUGGCGGUCGAGACAUCAAACCUUACCUGAUAUCAUGCUUGCCCAGUGCCGACGCACCUGCGACGGCAACCAUAGUGGACUCCUUUGGGCCGGAAAGCCUUGUUGAUUUCACGAGGUGCAUAUUCCGCGAAGAUCAACGGCAACCGGCUAGCAGCUACAUCAUACGUAGCGAAGCCACCGGGAGCCGCACCCUCGUCAACUACAACGACUUACCUGAGAUGACGAUCGGCGAGUUUGUCGCCGCUGCCGACGAGCUCGGCGACGAUGCCUGGUUCCACUUCGAGGGACGAAUACCUGAAAUUACGUUGCAGUGCAUCCGGCAUCUAAGGCGGUCGUUCUCCAAUACAAGAGUAAGCGUCGAAGUCGAAAAACCGGGCCGAGAGGGAUUAGAAGACCUAGCGGCUGAAGCGGACGUUGUGUUCUAUUCGCGGACCUGGGCUGAAAGUAAGCGGUACGGUAGUGCUCAGCAAUGCCUGAGUGCCCAAUCGGGCGUGGGCCGCAAAGCCACCGUAGGAGCAGGUGACACCUUCAUUGCCGGUAUGUUGUUCGGGCUGCUGUGCCACCACGAGGACUGGGACACCGAGAAGAAAGUCCAGUUUGCUGUGCAGCUGGCUACGCGCAAGGUGCAACGAGACGGGUUCGGCGGCCUUGGAUCCUUAGGGUUGGAGCGCCAGGAAGUGGCGUCGUCACAAUGAAACUGGACGAUCGAUUACAUAUGAGAUGU